CUGGCCAAGGAGAAGCAUGGCUAUAACAUUGAGCAGGCCCUGGGCAUGCUUCUGUGGCACAAACACGAUGUGGAGAAGUCACUAGCCGACUUAGCCAACUUUACCCCCUUCCCUGACGAGUGGACAGUAGAGGACAAGGUGCUAUUUGAGCAAGCCUUUGGCUUCCACGGCAAGUGCUUCCAGCGGAUCCAGCAGAUGCUACCUGACAAGCUCAUUCCUAGCCUGGUGAAGUACUACUACUCUUGGAAGAAGACCCGCAGCCGAACUAGCGUGAUGGACAGACAGGCGCGGCGGCUGGGGGGUCGCAAGGACAAAGAAGACAGUGAUGAGCUAGAAGAAGGACGGGGAGCUGUAAGUGAGGGAGAGCCAGAUGCUGGAGACCCCAAGGGAGAGCCUCUGCCCUCUCGGCCCCUGAACGCACGCCCAGGCCCUGGGAAGAAGGAGGUGCAGGCAUCUCAGUACCGCCACCACCCUUUGCGAACCCGGCGACGCCCACCAAAGGGCAUGUACCUGAGUCCUGAGGGCCUCACUGCUGUGUCCGGGAGCCCGGACCUUGCCAACCUCACACUCCGAGGUCUUGACUCCCAGCUCAUCUCCCUCAAGCGCCAGGUGCAGAGUAUGAAACAGACCAAUAGCAGCCUCCGCCAAGCCCUGGAGGGCGGCAUUGACCCACUCCGUCCCCCUGAAGCCAACACCAAGUUCAACUCCCGCUGGACCACAGAUGAACAGCUGCUGGCUGUACAAGCCAUCCGUAGGUAUGGCAAAGACUUUGGGGCUAUUGCAGAGGUGAUUGGGAACAAGACUCUGACCCAGGUGAAGACCUUCUUUGUGAGCUACCGGCGCCGCUUCAAUCUGGAGGAGGUGCUGCAGGAAUGGGAGGCCGAGCAGGAUGGGGCCCCUGGAGCCCCGGUCCCCAUGGAGGAGGCUAGGAGAGGGGCUCCCUUGCCAGCCUCAGCCCUAGAGGAAGAUGAUGAGGUCCAGAUUACGUCUGUCUCAACAUCUAUGCCCCGAGGGGUGCCCCCUGCCCCCCCUCCCCCUCCCCCUCCCACCUCACUGUCCCAGCCACCCCCACUGCUCAGACUGCAACCCCCGCUGCAACAGGGCCGUUUCCUCCAGCCCCGGCUGGCCCCCAACCAGCCGCCCCCACCUCUCAUCCGACCUGCUCUGGCUGCCUCUCGCCACAGUGCCCGCCCUGGCCCUCAGCCCCCUCCCACCUUAAUUGGAGCCCCUCUGGAGCCUCCAGCACCCUCACUCUGA